AUGGCUAUUGUGAAUAACCACCCCGAAGAAACUCGUGAAGCUCUCUUGAAAACCGACCCUAAACUCUCAACAAAAGAAGUAGUUCUCGACGAUAAAUACGCAGCCGUUGCGCCUGAAGCCUCAAUUCAGGCCACCAAAGCAAGUCUUGAAGCAAAACAUCAUGAAGUCACGAUUCUUGAAACAAGAGAAGAUGCGUUUGAAUUUUUGAAGAACUUAAUUCCUAAAGGAAGCUCGAUCAACAAUG